AUCUAAUAUUUUUACUUUUUAGUUUAUAUUUACUACGUCGUACGUUAAAAGUUUGUUCUAUGUACUUUCUAAUUUAAGUGUGUCUGAUGUGUAUGUUUACAAGUUUACGUUAAUGGAGAAAAUCCGAAUCUUGUUGUUGACCUAUAAACAGCCUACAGCAUCCAAUAUUUUUAUGUAACUUAAAAGCUACAAAAAGAAUGAGUGGUAGACCUUAAACAGUUGAAGCGAUAUGUAAAUUGUAUAAGGAGUCGCAAUGAGGGCGCGCCGCGAGACGCUGGUGAUAGGGGCGCUGUGCGCGGCGUGGUACGCUCUGAGCUCAGCCAGUAAUGUAGUUGGCAAGCUCGUGCUCACCGAGUUUCCGUUUCCGCUAACGGUGGCGUUGGUGCAGCUGGCGGCGACUGCGGCGUGUAGCGCACCCGCGCUAGCACUUUGCGGCGCCCCACCGCUGCCGUCUGCCUGCCGACUGCGCGCGCUAGUACCACUGGCGCUUGCCAAGUUUCUAACUACAGUCUUCUCACAAGUAUCCAUAUGGAAAGUGCCAGUCUCUUAUGCUCAUACUGUGAAAGCGACAACGCCAUUGUGGACGGCGGCUCUAGCGUGGGUUAUAUUCGGCGAGCGUCAGUCUCGCAGCGUCCAGGCGGCACUGGUGGUGAUCGCCGCCGGCGUGGCGCUGGCCUCCGCCACGGAGCUGCACUUCCAGACCGCCGGCCUCGCCGCCGCCCUGGCCGCCGCCGCGCUGCUCAGCCUGCAGCACCUGCUGACGAAGCGCGUCAUGCAGGGAUCGCGAGCGCACCCGCUCCGGCUACUGCAGGCACUUAGCGCACUCGCUAUGUUGGCGCUGGCGCCGAUGUGGGCUCUGAGCGAGGGCGGCGAAGUGGCCUCGUGGCGCCGGACGGGCGCAGGAACGAGCGCGCGGGCGGGAGCGCUGCUGGCGGCGGACGGCGUGCUGGCGUGGCUGCAGGCCGUGGCCGCCUUCAGCGUUCUGGCGCGCGUCACACCGUUAGCCUACGCCGUGGCGUCGGCCGCGAAACGCGCCGUGGUCGUGCUGGCGUCGCUGGCGGUGCUCCGCAACCCGGCGCCUCCGCUGAACGUGGCGGGCAUGACGCUCGCCGUGCUGGGCGUCCUGCUCUACAACCGCGCCAAGCUGAGCCGAUCGGCCGGGCCGCUGCUGCCCGUUUAGACAAUUUCUCGGUUGAUCUAUUGCGACUGCCGUCGACGAACCGACGUCAACUUCUACCUAAUAGUCUUUAUGAAAUAAAUAUAUAUUUUUACGUUCAUAGUAAAUAUAUGUUAUUUUUUUGAAUCGUUA